AUGGCAAUCGCACAGGAGGACUUUGCGCUGGCGGCUUCCCUCAGGGACCAAAUCAAGUCAUUGUCGUCUCGUCUGCCGCCAGUGCAGCAGUUCCUGUACUCCCAGCUGGAGCGACUCAGGAGCGGCGACACGGCGGAGCGGCGCGCGGCGAUCGCCGCCCUGAGCGCCGCCGGCGACGAGGCGGUGCUGCCGGACCUCGCGCUCUGCCUGCGUGACACCGCGCUCCAGGACGCGGCGCACGCGGCCAUGUGGGUGGUCUUCACCCGCAGCCGCGACCCGGCGGUGAACGAGCUCAUGGCGGAGGCGGAGCCGCUGCUGCACGGGGGCGCGGCGCCGCAGCUGGAGAGGGCGCUGCUGGUGUACGGGCACGUGGUGCGGCUGGCGCCGUCGUACGCUGAGGGCUACAACAAGCGCGCGACGGUGUACUACCUGCUACACCGCUACCAAGAAGCCAUUGACGACUGCAACAUGGCGCUGCACCUGAACCCCUACCACUUUGGCGCCGCCAGUGGCCUCGGCCUCUGCCACUGGUCUCUCAAGCAGUCGGCGGCGGCGCUGCAGGCUUUCGAGCGUGCCCUGGAGAUCCAUCCGGGGCUCACCUCCAUUCGUGGAUACGUGGAGACGCUGCGGGAGGAGGUGGCGCGCGGGCCGAAGCGGCGGGAGGACGGGGGUGACGGGUGA